AUGGGCCACUUUCAUCAGCUUGUUACUUUCAUUGUGCUCCUUAUGCUCUCCAUUGUUUCCUGCAAACCUAAUCUCCAAUUAAACACCCACCAAACCUUCAUUGUCCGAGUCCAAAACAACCUUAAACCUAAACGAUACUCUAAUCACAAAACAUGGUAUGAGUCUACCCUUAAAAGUCUCAGUUCCAGUAUUAACUCUAGUAACUCCCAAACCCAACACAACCAUGGCUUGCUCCAUGUGUACAACACCGUCUUUCAUGGUUUCUCAGCCAGAUUCACACCUCAACAAGCUGAAGAACUCACAAAUCGCCCUGAAAUACUUUCGGUCCUCCCCGAUCGGCUUCUCCAACUCCAAACCACACGUACACCUCAAUUCAUGGGACUUAUUGGUACCAAAGACAAACAUGGUAUCAUCAACGAGUCUGAUUCAGGUUCCAACGUCAUCAUCGGAGUCCUCGACACUGGUAUAUGGCCCGAACAUGUUAGCUUCAAUGACCAAGACCUUGGACCCAUACCUUCUCACUGGAGAGGCAAAUGCGAUGGUGGUGACAACUUCCCUGAAAACCUUUGCAACAAAAAGUUAAUCGGUGCACGCUACUACUCAACCGAGUUCUACGAACAACAACAGCAAGGUUCAGCCCGAGACACCCUUGGCCAUGGAACGCACACAACAUCCACAAUCGCAGGACGACAUGUCCCUAACGCUUCCUUCCUCGGCUUUGCCCAAGGCGUUGCAAAUGGGGUUGCACCCAAAUCAAGAAUUGCAGUGUACAAGGUGUGUUGGGAAGAUGGUUGUUCAGCUUCCGACGUUCUUGCUGGGAUCGACGCCGCUGUAGAAGAUGGUGUCGACGUUAUAUCAAUUUCCAUAGGUGGCGACCCUUUGCCAUACCAUGAGGAUCCGAUUGCUAUAGGCGCUUUCAGUGCUAUAGAGAAAGGAGUUUUAUUUUCCGCUUCAGGUGGUAACAGUGGUCCAACUGAUUCCACCAUAACAAACGUAGCACCUUGGAUAACCACAGUGGGAGCAAGCACCAUUGAUAGGAGAUUCCUUGCAGAUCUAGUUCUUGGAGAUGGUAGCGUCAUUACUGGAUCAUCGCUCUACAAAGGCGAUGGUUUACCGGAAGGGAAGUAUCUACCAUUGAUUUACGCGGGAAAUGCAUCCAAUUCCAAUAUUGUUGCUACUUGCUUGGCUGGUACGUUAAAUAAGGAUUUGGUACGUGGUAAGAUCGUGCUGUGUGAUCGUCGUGAUGGGCCACGUGUUGAGAAAGCAGAGGUGGUGAGAGAAGCUGGUGGGGUCGGGUUAGUUCUUGCCAACGUGGAACCUAUGGGAGAGGGCUUAAUCGCGGACGCAUUUUUAAUUCCUGGACUGGCAAUCACGCAAUCAAAACGUACAACCGUGCUUCGGUACAUAAACUCCAGUAAAAACCCAAAGGCCACCUUGAUUUUCAAAGGGACCCAGUUGGGAGUAAAACCAGCACCCGUGGUUGCUUCCUUCUCUUCCCGUGGGCCCAAUUCGUUAUCUCCAUCAGUUUUAAAACCUGAUAUCAUCGCGCCAGGUGUCGACAUCUUAGCGGCUUGGCCUGACGGUGUACCACCAACUGAAGCAGCAGCUGAUAAGAGGCGAACAGAGUUUAACAUAAUCUCGGGUACGUCAAUGUCUUGCCCACACGUGUCAGGCGUGGCGGCUUUGUUGAAAGGGGCCCACCCUGACUGGUCCCCAGCAAUGAUCAAAUCAGCGUUGAUGACAACAGCCUACACGGACGAUCACAAUGGAAAGACUCUAUUGGACGAGAUAGAUUACAGCGUGUCCAGCGUCUUUGGUUUUGGCGCUGGACACGUGGACCCUAAUAAAGCCGUUGAUCCGGGCUUGGUUUAUGAUCUCACGGUGGAUGAUUAUUUGAAUUUUCUUUGUGCUUCCAAUUACAACACUGGGCAAAUCGAAGUGAUCACAAGGAGGCCAGUGAGUUGCAGUGGGGUCCAACGAGUUAACAUGUGGGACCUGAACUAUCCAUCAAUAUUAGUGUCUUUCGAUGCAUCAGCGCCGUCCAAAUCAGAGGUUGUGGUUAAUCGAACGGUUACAUAUGUUGGUGAUGGUGAUUCAACCUACACUGUAAAUAUCACCAAUCCCAAAGGUGUUACCGUGGCCGUUGAUCAAGAGAAGCUGAUUUUCAAGAAGAAAGGUCAAAAGCAGAGCUAUAUGGUAAGAAUUUCGUCUGAGAAAGUGGGGCUGCAUCAUAAUUACAGUGGGAGUGAAUCUGGUCGUCUAGUGUGGACAGAUGGGAAGCACCAAGUCACUUCUCCCAUUGUAGUGACAUGGUCGUAA